ACGAUCACUUCCAUCUAGGGUUUCAUCGAGCACAUUAAUUGAACCCAAUUUACUGAAACCCUUCUUGAAUGGAAGCCAUGAAAGGCUUCGAAGCUCAGUUCCCUCUAUCCAUAUCCAAAGGAGAGGUAGCAUCAGCAAAGAAACCCCCUUUCAGAAUAGUUCAAGACGAUACGAAACCCAUUUUUCGAGACCCUAUCCUGCGCUCGGAUCCCAUUGAGACCGAGCAAGCUGUCCUUCGCCUUCCUCCAUUCCCCUUUGAUUCAAAAGGCACUCCUGGUUCCAAGCCCUAAUAAUGGUGUGCACUUUGAAGUAGUACAGAAUGAAGUACAUGUUCAACUCAUUGAUAUUGAGAGUAUUUCACUAUUGGUAAAAGUGGACAAUGAAGUGUAUGAUUUAUCCAUUUUUCAUAGUCCACUAUUGAUGAGAUGGAACUCCAUAACUGUUGAGGUACAUAAGAUAUCUAUCAAAUAACCAGUAUAUGGUACUUAUGCAUAUCGGUGACAAAAUUUUGUAAAAUAUUUUCAAUUGAUAGCGGAAAACAAAGCACGGGUCUAUUCUGUCAGGCAAGGCUUGUAAUUGAUGAAACGAAAGCCCAAUAGAAAUUGAGAUAUAUAAAAUGAACGUUCUUUCUAUC